UUAAGGCACCUUACGUCCCCCACUGAUAUUCAUUCACACACGACUCACUCUUCUGGGCCAGAGGACUCGUGCAAAGACGGCCAUAUCGUGAUCUACAUCUACCUCAGGCAUGGUGCAGCUAUAAGCCUCUCGCCCAAGUUACCUGUCUCCUACCCACCUCCACGAAUCCCCGUUCAUUCUGUCCUGCCUCCGACUCGUCACCGACCGCGCGCGAUAGAUUCUUCCACGUCGCUUCGUCCAACACCGCCACGAUGAGCAAGCUGUGGGAGGUCGAUCCGGAGACCAAGAGCAAGCUGCUUGCCAUCUCCAAGACCAACGAGAACAAUCGCUGUGUGGACUGCGGUGCGCCGAGUCCACAAUGGGCUUCUCCUAAGUUUGGGAUCUUCUUCUGUCUGGCCUGCUCAGGCAUCCAUCGCUCGCUGGGCGUGCACAUCUCAUUCGUGCGCUCCGUCACCAUGGACUCCUUUAAGACAGGAGAGGUCAAGCGCAUGGAGCUGGGAGGCAACAAGCCCUGGAAGGACUUCUUCGAUGCCCAUAGCAGCAACACCAUGAUCGGUCAAGAGUUCGACAGCUGCACCAUCUCCGAACGAUACGAUAGCGAGGCUGGCGAGGAGUGGAAAGAGCGACUGACUGCGAAAGUCGAGGGCACCGAGUAUGUUCCAGGCGCGCCAAAGCCCAAAGUCGCUCCCAAGAAGGCCGCUGUCGAGAGUGUUUCAAAUACUCCUGCGGGUUCAGGAAGAAAUACACCUCUUGGUGGUGUUGGCGGCGCAAAGGCAGUGCCACAACGCACGUCCACACCUUCGCAAAAGGCACAGAACGAGGCAUACUUUGCGAGGAUGGGAGAAUCGAACGCGAGUAGACCCGAGGGCAUCGCACCGAGUCAGGGCGGCAAAUAUGCUGGUUUUGGCUCAUCGCCCAUGCCCACAGACGACUAUGACGGAGGACGUGCGCCUGGCGUAGAUGACUUCCAAAAGGACCCCAUUGCAGCGCUCACAAAGGGCUUUGGCUGGUUGUCAAGUACCGUAACCAAACAAGCUGCCACCAUUAAUUCCACAUAUGUGCAGCCCGGCAUGAAAAAUUUCCAGCAGAGCGACAUUGCAGCGCAAAUUCGACAGACAGGCCUCACUCUAGGCACUACUGUUCAGCAAGGUACGAAAGGACUUGGUGAUCAGUUUAACAAGUUUGUAGACCCGGAUCACCGACCACAGCAAGGAGGCGCCAAGCCCGAGAAGGCGGACUUCUGGGAAAGCUUCGGACAGGCACCUGCUGGCCCACCGAAAGAGAAGAAAGACUUUUGGGACGACUUCUCCGCUGCGGGUGAGAGUGCAGCCGCUCAAAAACCCAAGCCAAGUGGUUUGGGCACGAGUGCAAUGAAGGGGAGCUCGGGUGGUGCUGGAUCCAGCGCCUCGAAGAAAGACGACGACGGCUGGGGCAAGGAUUGGUAGCGGGUGGCUGGUAUAUUGUGCAAGCGCGGAGUCUGGCGUUGGCAGCAGCUAGGUACCUUUUACCGCCGUGGUCAGUUGCAGGAAUGUUGCAGAUGGAAGUCCGCGGACAUGGAACGUGUGAUCACUUUGACUAUCCUCGAGUCUGGAAUCCUUUUAAGGUUGAAUUAUUCUGACAGACGCAUGUGAGUCCGAGACAGCAAUAGGAUGUGCACGCAUACGCCUGUCAAGUGUGAAACAUAGGUAAAGGCAUGAGCAAGUAUCUCAAGCCCUCGCACCUUCAAUACUUUAUGCUCAC